AUGGCGUCGCGGAGCCGUCGCAUCACCAAACCAGAUGGUGAGAUCGUUGAAUCUUAUGAUGAGUUAAACAGUACAAAUCUGCCCCAAUCAAGACGAUCAAGAAGCAGGAAUUCAAACGAUACCUGGAGUACUGGUCUGUAUCCUGUGGAGGUGAUAAAUGAGGGCCAAGAAGGUUAUGUAAAGAUCCAUUAUGUAGGGUGGCACAGGAAGUAUGAUGAGGAAGUGGCAAGAGACCAGCUUGUGAUGAUACCCCACCAAACCUCAUCAUUUGCCCACAAGCUGGUGGUAAUGAUAAAAGAAAAUUUAAGUCCAUGUGGAUCAGACAGUCUGGUUAAAGUGAAGGUGCCAGUGACGGCAGCAGAAUUUCUCCAAAUAUCCAACUGUGGAACCCCCCACAAAGUGACAAAGACAAAGACUGUGUAUAAAAUAAUAAACAGAAACAGGUUAAAUCAGUUACUUGGAACAGGCUGGGACUAUAGAAUUCUCAAUGCAGAAGGAGACAACUUUUAUAUAAAAACACACACAGUGAAAUUCUAUCUGCAUAGCAGGAGACCACUUACAGAUUUCCUCCUGUACCCUGAGCACAUCGAAAGGUAUACCCUGGACAGAGGCACUCAGCUGGUCUUUUCCUUUGUGAAAAUGCCAUCUAACAGGAACAAUGGUGCAGACCUCUUGAAUGCUGUAGAACUUUAGUCAACAAAAGUGUGGCCAUCUAUUUUUUGACAGUUUGUUUGAGAAUCUUUAACAUUUUCUACAGUUAUAUGGAAUUCACAGAAAUACAGGAAGUAUUUUAGAAUUUUAACAUUUUUUACAGUUAUAUGGAAUUCACAGAAAUACAGGAAGUGUUUUAGAAACUUAAACAUUUUCUAAAAGGAAAUUUGAUUUUAAUCGCAAUUAUGUUUGCUGUAAGAUUCUAAACUGUUUUGAAAAUAGAUAUGGUUGUACUAUCUAAAUUAACCCUUUUUUCCUUAGUACAGAAUCAUUGGAAAGAACCGUUAACGUUAGAUGUAGUCAAAAACAUCAAAACUGAGUUAGAAAAAGAGCUAACACUAUCGUUUAAAGCAAACGAGAAAGAUGUAAACAUUUUAAGGGCAGAGCUUUAUAGACUUAAACGAAGUGGCCUUCAAGCCAAAGUGAAAGGGGGGAACCAGUUUCACCGAUUUAAAGAUUCAAUUAGUAAGUCAAAAUUUUCUUGGCAUGUGCCGUUAGGCCCCCAUGAAACUGAAGUGAAAAUUGAAGAAAUUAAAGGCAAACUAAAGCAGUGCGAAGUUGAAAAGAAUAGCAUUGAAGGGAAGUUUUGUGACUUUGUCAGUGAAGCCCGAAAAAAAGAACAAAAAAUGAAAAACAAAAUAACCUCCUUAGAAAAUGCUUUGCAAAAAUGUGAAGAUAGUGAUAAAAACUUUCAUUGUCAAAAUUAUGCGAAGGAAUCUAAUGACAAUAUUAGAAGAAAAAGAAAACCUUUGCAAGAGUGUUCAGGUUCUUACAAGAGGAAAGUGAUGAAAAUGGACAAUGAGAGAUGUAAAAAUGCUCUAGGUGCCUUAGAACUCCAUGGUUGUAAACCAAUAAGUGUAACAGUUGUAAGAAAUGGAGAAGAGGCUGUCUUUGAUCUUCUUCAGGCAGAUGAGGACAAUACAGAAAAUGUAGAUGUAACAGAACUUGAUCGCAUUAACACAUUACUGUAUAUAUUAGAUACAUUCCAUGUAUCACAAGAAGCAUAUCGCGAGUUAAGUUCGUUAUUCAAAACUAUGCCACGUGCACAUAACAUUACUGAGUAUAUCAAAAACCUAAACAAGGGUUUCAACAUUAUCACUACACCAGAUGGACUCGGGGUUCAACAAUCCUUAAAGCAAAGGCUCAUUGAUGUUUUAAGUAGUUUAAUGUCAGAAAACACUGAAAUAGUGCCAGAUAACAAAUUGAAAGUGAAAAUAUCUGGAGAUGGGACAAGAGUAGGGAAAAGGUUACAUGUUGUCAAUUUCGCUUUCAAUAUUGUUAAUGAAGGUUUAGCUCACCAAACAUGUUAUCCUUUAUGCAUUGUUCAGACCAAAGAAAAGUACACUGAAUUAAACAUUGCUCUAGCUGAUCUACAGCACGAAGUAGAAGAAAUACAGGGGAAUAUACUGAAGGUUCAAGAUCGAGAAUUUGAGGUAACAAUUUACUUGGGUGGAGACUACAAAUUCUUAUUAGUUGCUGUUGGCAUAUCAUCUGUGGCAGCUUCAAACUCUUGUAUUUACUGUAAAUGUGACAAAAAGGAGAAGAUUGAUCUUAAAAAGCAAUGGUCAAUGCAGGACCCAGCUCUUGGGGCAAGGUUAUCAUAUAUUUGUACUGAGCCUGUGAAUAAACCUGCAAAUAGUGGGUUGUCAAGACCUAAGAAAGAACAGACCUUCUCCAUAGUUAACCGGCCUCUGUUUCCAUGUAUUACCCCAUUUCAAGUUGUCUUGGAUCUCUUGCAUCUCUUUCUUAGAAUAACUGACAAACUCUUUAAUUUGUUAGUUACAGAGCUGAGAGCAUUGGAUAAUGUUUCACAGAAUACAACAUUUGUUGAAUUAGACAGAGAUAAAGUCAAACAUGUGUCUGCAUUAGAGAAUGCAUUGCAGCAAAUGGGAAUUUCAUUUGAGUUGUAUAUUAACAAGGAAACUAGGAAGCUGGAGUAUAGGGACUUAACAGGUCCAGAGAAGCAGAUAUUAAUGACUAAGUUUCAAGCUUCAGAUCUCCUUCCUAACAGUGAAAGAGCAAACCAAAUACAAGAGUUGUGGGAUGCAUUUUCAGAUAUUAAUAUGAUUUUGAAAUCUCUAUCUCCCAACCCAGAUGAAGUGCAAAGAAAGGCUGAAAACUGGUGCAGAAUGUAUGUUUCUUUGUAUCAGAGUAGAGACAUUACCCCCUAUAUACAUGCUCUUCGCUAUCAUGUCAGUGAGUUGAUAAAGUUUCAUGGAAACUUGGUCAGCUUUUCCCAACAAGGGCUAGAGAAAAUGAAUGAUAUUAUUACCAAAAGCUACUUUAGAGCAACAAACCACAAAGGCCUUUUGGCCUUGAAACAAGUUAUGGAAAAACAAAACCGACUUGUUCUUCUUUCCAAACAUAAAAGGAAAAGGCGUGUGUACAAAGAUCGCAAACAUUGAAUUUGUAAAUAUUUUUCAAUUCAAUGUAUUCAAAUAUGUAAAAAGUGUGCACAUAUUCUUACAUGCAUAAUAAUACCUGAAGAGUGUUUAAUAAUUCAUAUCUAUUGAAUAGAUCAAACAAAGGCAUUAAGAACAUUUUUAUGAAAGCAAUGUGAUAUACUGAAGUACCUUGUGGGGGUAAUUCUGAUUGUUUUUGUUAAUUUUUAUUUUUCUUCGUUUUUUUGGGGGGGUUUUUUGGUUUUUUUUUUGUUGUUUUACAUGAUUAUCAUACAUAACAGGUAGUGCACAAGUUAUUUUGUGUAUUGAUUUUAAUUCUUUGUCAUAGU